UUCUCUGCACUUGGCCUCUUUGAAUGAAGUCAGGUCUCUGGGUAACAUCUUCAGGGAGAGAAAUAUAAAAGGAUCUAGAAAAUUCCGAACACACAGAGACUCACAUAAUGGUGCAAGAAAGGCAACCUCAAGGUGGAGAGAAGAGAGUUUGCUGGUUCCUGAAGCUCUGGUCCAUUGCUGUGAUUUCCAUCAUAGUCCUCAGUGUUUGUUUCAUUGUGAGCUGUGUGGUGACUUACCAUUUUGCAAGUGACAAAUCCAACAAAAGACUGUCUGAACUACAGAUAUAUCAUUCAAAUCUAACCUGCUUCAGUGAAGGGACAAGGGUGACAGAAAAAGUCUGGGGAUGUUGCCCAAGUACUUGGAAGUCAUUUGGUUCAAGCUGCUACUUCAUUUCUACUGAAUUCCAAGUUUGGAGUACAUGUGAACAGAAAUGUGUUGAAAUGGGGGCACAUUUGGUGGUGAUCAAUACAGAAGCAGAGCAGAAUUUCAUUGUCCAGCAGCUGAAUGAGUCUUUUUCUUAUUUUCUGGGGCUCUCUGAUCCACAAGGUAAUAAUAAUUGGCAGUGGAUUGAUCAUACACCUUUUGAGAAAAAUGUCAGAUUCUGGCACCAAAAUGAGCCCAAUUUUUCUGCAGAGCAGUGUGCUUCAGUAGUUUUCUGGAAAUCUGGAGGAUGGGGCUGGAAUGAUGUUUUCUGUGAUACUAAAAGAAAUUCAAUAUGUGAGAUGAAAAAGAUUUACCUAUGAGUAGAAAUGUAUUCAUUGACACCUUGAAAAUUCAGACCCAUCAUGAAAUGAUAAUUACUUGUAAUGCACAUGUAAUUCUUGUGUCACAGAGAUUCAUGGACAUAUUCAGAUGGCUUUUUCCCUUUAAUUGAUCUUCUUCUAGUUUCUCAGUUUCCACCAAUGAUCGAAUAAGUCUUUCCUCCCUUUGUUCUGUUUUUUCAUCUACUAUUUAUUCUUUUUUCCCCUUUCAUUAUACCUAUUUCCACAUACAUUCCUUGUUCCAGAGGUUGUACUAUUUUGUCUGCUAGAAAAUUUAUAAGACAGCAUUAUUUGAAAAUUAUACCUCUAUUCCUCAAAAUGCCAUGGAGAAAUUCCUGUAAUGAAGAUUGUGAUUAGAAUUGUAGUCCUCUGAAGGCCUGACAAGAGCUGAGGAAUCUACUUUAGAUUGCUCACUCACUUGGCUGGUAACUUGGCUUGGCCAUUAGGAGGCCUCAGCUCCUCAGCACAUGGAAAUCUCUCUCAAGCUACUUGCAUGUUCUCACAGACAGCAGCCACCUUCCUCUAGAGCAAGUGACCCAAAACAAAUGAAAGCAGCAAUGUCGUUAAUCAUCUAGCCUUAGCAGUUACAUGCCAUAACUUCAGCUGUACUCCAUUGGUUAGGUGAGAAAAACACAGCAGUCUGCUUUGAUCUCCUUGGCUCUGCAGCGGAAAACCACAAUGUGGCUGUUUCAAGAUGGUCCUUUGCUUUAGCUCUCUAAGAAUUACUUUUCAAACAACAGCUUACCAUGCAGCCUCUGGUUUAGUUAAAAUCAGACUGUCUCUCUGUUACACAGGUUCUUUUGUGCCAAAUUGAUUCAUUGUGUUUUUCUCUCUUCCUGCCUAUAUCACUUCUCUCCUCUGAGAUAAACUGGUACUGCUGGUGCAACCAGUCUGGCUUCAAAGUACUCUUUCUUGUCCUAUGUUCAAUGCACCUGAGUUUCUGUGUCUCUAAGAUUGUCUCACUGUCCAAUAUUGAAUUUCAGCGAAUCCCCUCCCUCCCCCACUUCACUGAGAAGCCGUACUCCUGAAUUGAAUCAUAGGCUGCUCAAAAAUAUACUCUUCCUCUAUUCCACCAUCUUUCCUUCUUCUAUUAAUUUUUCUUUUGUAUUUUUAUCUUAUUUUUCUAGCUUCUUAAAAUAAAUAGCUAUAAAAGAAUCCCAUAGUUUUUUAGACCUUUUUUUAGUUAUUAGCAAAACAUUAGAGGCUAUACCUUUACUUUAGUUAUCAUUAUGGCUAAAUCCAACAGGUUAUAAAAUUUGAUAAUCUCAUUAUUUUUCCUUUUACAUGGUGGUAAUGGCAUGAAUAUUUUCUUUUCAGUCUAGGAGUUUUUUUAAUAGUCUAGAUUUGUUGGUUAUUAUUUUGAAAAUUUCAUAUUUAAUUUCAUUUAAAGAAUGUGACAUAUGCUUGUAUUCUUCAUAACUGCCAUUCUGAUUGGAGUGAGAUGAAAUCUUA